AUGGGCGUGGGCCUGCAACCUCUCGAGUUCACGGAGUGUCUGGCGGACAGCCCUCAUUUCCGCGAGAAUUUGCAGCGCCAUGAGAAGGAACUAGAAAGAACCAGCCAACAGAUCAAGCGACUCAUCAAGGAGGUCAAGGAUGUCGUGCAAGCCGCCAAACGGCUGGGGGCGGCUCAGUUGGCGCUUGCAGGCACAAUGGAGCAGUUCGAGUUCGCGUGCAUCGGCGCCUCGAUGACGGAGGACGAGCGUGUCAUCAGCCAUUCGUUGCGUCACUUCGCGCACCUCAUCCGCACCAUCGAAGACGAACGGGACCGUAUGCUCGGUCGGGCUCACGAGCAAAUAAUCCAACCAUUGGAAAAGUUCCGCAAGGAGCACAUCGGAGCCGUCAAGGAGGGAAAGAAAAAAUUCGAAAAGAAGACUGCAAAGUUUUGCCAAAGCCAAGAGCGGACACUCUCUUUGUCAACCAAGAAACAGGAGAAUGUCUUUCAAGAAGCCGACGCAGCCAUGGAGAUGGCCGAAAGAGACUUCUGCCAGGCGUCGCUUGAAUAUGUGUUCCAGCUGCAGGCCGUGCAGGAACGUGAGAAGUUUGAGCUCGUUGAGACGCUGCUCGGAUUCGUGUUUGGAUGGUGGACUUUCCACCACACAGCGCACGACGUGCAUCACGAUGCGGAACCCCUUGUGCGUGACCUGCAACUGCGGAUCCAGCGGACUCGGAGUAACUUCGAGGAGACGAGCAAGCAGACCGAGUCGUUAAUGAAGAAGAUGAUGGAGAUGCGACAAAUGCACAAAGAGGAGGCGCUCGAGGAGAGCGGCGCACGAAAUGGAUACCUAUUCCUUAUGGAGAAGAAAGCGUUCGGUACAACGUGGAGCAAGCACUACUGCACCUACGAACGCACGUCGCGGCUCUUCUCGUUGCUGCCCUACAAUCAAAUCAAUCCCAAGUCGGUCGGGAGCGUGGAAAGCGUGGUGGUAGCGGGCGCGAGAGCAGCGGACGCCUCGCUCGAACGCCGGUUCUGCUGGGAAGCGGUACCGGCCGACCGCGAGCGCGCCGCGCUUACUCUGCAGGCGCUCAGCGAGAGGGACCGAUCACGCUGGCUGCGCACGCUGCACAGUCUGCCGCCGGCGCACGCACAAACACCCGCUCCCCCGCCCCAACCUGACCCUGCGCUCGCCUGGGGGCUCGAUGACGCAGGCUUUUCUUUCGUACGUCGCAUCAUCGCCACACUAGAAGCGCGUGGGCUCGAGGAGCAAGGCCUGUACAGGGUCGCAGGUGUGUCCUCGAAGGUGUCGCGGCUCGUAGCGUUGGGGCGCGAACGGCGUCUGCCCGCUGUACUGGCGCCUCUAGAGUGGGAGAGCCGCACGCUAACGUCCGCUCUGAAGGCCUAUCUGCGAGCGCUGCCCGAACCGCUGUUGACGUGGCGCCUUCACCACCGAUUCCUGGCCGCGGCAAAGUGCGAGGCGCGCGGGGAGCGAGUGCGCGCCCUGCAUUCGCUCGUGCACGCGCUCCCUCCCGAUAAUCGUGAAAUGUUGCGAAUGCUGCUGGCUCACUUGCGGCGUGUGGCGGCACGUAGCCGCGUCAACCUGAUGGGCGCUUGCAACCUGGCCGUGUGCUUUGGUCCGACGUUGCUGCGUGCCGAGCGUGAAACCGUCGCCUCCAUCCUUGACCUUAAGUUUUACAACGUCCUCGUGGAGGCGCUCAUCGACCACUCGCCGGAGCUCUUCGAUCCGACGCCGCCGCCCCCGCCUCCGCCUCAUUCCGCGGACCAAUCUACCCCGACCGACGCCCUGCACCUGAGCAGCCCUCUUCCGGGACCAGGCGCUGGCACCUUCUCGCCGCACCAUCACCAACUGCUACAGCAGUUCGGACCGGGACCGUUAGUGGCGCGGUCGGGCAAAGGUCUCGGCGCCGCACAGUGUAGCAGCAGUUCAGAGUCCGUUUCGAGCCCCAGCGCAUCUCCGCCACCGAGAUCCUGGCGCGGGGCAAGUCGCGUGAGAACCUUGUAUGCGUGCCUCGGCGAGAGCGAGGGCGAGCUAUCUUUUGAGCCGAACCAGAUCAUCACGAACGUAACGGUGUCGGGCGAGCCGGGAUGGCUGCGGGGCUCGCUCGACGGCAAAUGCGGCCUCGUGCCCGAGAACUAUGUGGAGCCGCUACCGUGA